AUGCCUUCGAUAGCACAAGAAGAUUGGGAUAUCACAUCUAUGGAUUUCCACAUGAGUACAAAUGGAGCUGUGAAUCUGUUGAAGAGACGGAGGGAUGUUGCGAAUUUUGCGGAUGUGAGGGAGGAGGAGGUGCAGAUGAAGAUUAAUAGUCCUAGACAUUCACACAUUCAUCCACAUCCACAUCCACACAAUCUCUACCCACACGCCAUGCACCACGAAUCUGAACGCAGACACCUAAUUCCCCGGUCAAAAAUGAGUCUGAACAAACGGGUGCGAGUCGAAUAUCCACCCUCAGAACCUGAGCCCAGGAUCGAACAAACGAAAGAGAAAGAGAAAAGUGGAUCUGGGAUGGAUUUACGAGCUUGUCAUAUAUGUCGACGCAAACCGACUGUGAAGAAGGAAUUGGAUGCGUUUGCGAAUUGUGAAGGGUGCGGGAAGAGAGCUUGUUGGGUGUGUAUCAGGGAGUGUCUUGGAGGGUGGGGGAACACGGAGAUGGGAGAAGAAGUUGGAGGGAAGGAGGGCUGGGGAGAGAAGGGAAUGAAGCACAGAGGGAUGGUUUGUAGCAGGUGCUGUGUGGAGAGAGGAACUGAGGGAGAGGUACUUUGUUUGGGAUGCUUGAGGAUGGAAGGGAGCUGA